ACGGCAUCACAAUCAAUCGCUCAGCUGAGUCGACAUCAACCAACAACUGCAGAACCUCACUCAACGAUAAGACGCAUCAGUGACUACAACAUUUGAUGUAAACUUCGUUGACAGCUCGUCCUCGAACACUUCCAACAUUCUGAAUUGUUUUGGCUUUUACAUUUUGAUUUAAUUAUCUCAUGUUUAAUGUGGGAUCGACAAGACUAUAGCCUGAUUUGAUAAGCUGACAUUGCGGCCAAUACGUUUGUGACUGACGCUAAUAAACUUUAAAAAGGCACAAAGAAAAAUAUGGAUGAUCUUAAAACUCUUGAAGAAGGUGCUUCCAGUAAUGCAGCACACAACCAAAAUGUAAACUUCUGUCAAAGUGACAGUCUAGACAAAGAAAAUGUUCUGCAAAACUUACAAAUUGCGCAUGAAAUUGCUAUGAACAGUAAAGAUGGAGAUAUUCAUAUUGAAGAUUUCGAAGUGAAAAAUGAAUUAUGGUCUGCAGUUAGAGAACAAGCGCACUCAGCCUUUUGGGAUAUAUUUCGGGAAGAGGUCUCUAAAGAUCCUCCAGAGUUAACUAUGGCUUUUCUUCUAUUAAAGGAUAUUAAAGAGAGUCUUUUUGCAGUAAUGACACCAAAUGUAGUUAAAUUAAAGGCAAACGUUGAAGAAGUUCUUGAUUUUGAACUGCUGAAACAACAGGCUGAACAUGGCGCUAUGAAUGUACAGAGUUAUGCACAAUAUGUCAUAUCGGUUAUGAGCAAAAUCUGUGCUCCUGUGCGAGAUGAAAAUAUGGUUAAACUCUCCAAAGAGACGGACAUUGUAGCGAUUUUCAGAGGGAUUCUCGAAACUUUAAAUCUAAUGAAAUUAGAUUUAAUAAAUUUCACCCUCAAAUCCAUUACACCAGACAUCUUGUCCAAUCAAAUGGAGUAUGAGAAAAAAAAGUUUGCAGACUACAUAGAACUUCUUGGAGGAAAGUUGCCAAUAACUGAGGCUUGGGUCAAAAAACAUAAAAAUGAAGGUGAAAACAACAGCCAGGAUGAAAUACUGUACAAUGCAUUUUUGGAAUUACUUAAUUGGAAUUCAGACAUUCCUCUUCCGGAGACUUUGUUCAUGGAUGCUCCGAGGUUAAGCAUAUUGAAACGAGAGUAUUACAAACUUGUGAUAGCAUCCAGUAUUGUUAUUGUUUCAUUAAGUUGCCUAAUGCCAGAUCUUGUUUCUGAUGCUUCCUACAAGCAAGCUCUCAAAACUAAUGUUUUAAUUCUCUUAAAUGGGAUCAUCAUAGAUGAAACCCUUGAUAAGGUCAUCCCAAAUAUAAUCGAACAAAUAAAACAAGAUGCAAAUUUAAAACUAACCAACAUGGGAAAAGAGAAAUUAAACGAGAGUGCAUCCAACACUCUUGAACAGCAGAUUAAGGAUGUUGUAUUACCCAACAACAAAAUACGAAUGCUUGUCUGUAAAAGGAUUGAUGAUUAUUUGAAGUCUUCUUUGAAUGCUUCAACAGGAAAUGGUAUAUUUCCACCUGCUCUCCAUCUCUUCCGAAACGAGCUAGAAGACCUUAAUUCCAAGUUCAAACAUGUUAUUCAUCACAACAUGAAAAUAUGUGGAUCUUAUUAUUAUAAAAUAAUGCAGGAAGCUGAUUAAUUGGUAAUUUUAUUGUAACAUUUACCUUACAUUCGGAUUAAUAGAGAUACGAAGAAUUAAUAUAGUACGAUUUAGGGCUUUAAUUACAGUAUAUUUUUUCUCCAAACUAUUGACAUUUUGUAAAUUAUUGUCAAUAGCAGAGAUAUUUUACUACUUUUUGUUUAUCUUUUUAUAAAAACUUAACAGUUUGGCUGAUCUAUGAGUGAAGAAACUUGCAUUAAAGGUUUUGAAAGGAAUAUUUCUGAAUGUUCAGUUUUUAUAGUUUCUUCAUUAUAGGUUGUUUGAAAAAUUGAGUAUUCCCUGGUUCUGACUAAUUUAUAUUAUUAUAUCUGUCUAAUAAAUUAUUUCAAUUUAAUCAACAAAAGUCUACAUUAAAACUCCUUAAAAUAACAUUGUUAUUUAUAGCAUUAUAAGUCUCAAUAAUUCCUUGAUUUAAAUAAAUUAUUUCAGCUAUUAAUGACUAGUUAAAGUAUUAAAUAUAAAUU